AAUGUCACGUCAAUGUCAAAAUUGUCAACAAAACGUAAAUGUCACUACAAAAUUCACACUGAUUCCCUCAAUCACAAAACAAAAUUCAAUUGCAGUGCACAUCUAUUUGGUUAUGACGUAAAUUAAGCGUAAAAAUUAAAAAUGAGUACACCCGAUAAAACCUCAAAAACAUCUACCACAAGCUUGAAGUCCGCCGAUAAAACCUCCAAAUCAUCCGUGAAGUCUACUGGAAAAUCCUCGAGUCAAAGUGUGAACACAUCUCGAAGUAACUUCGCCGAACCCUAUGUUGAUAAUUACUAUGAGACGUGCCAAGACCCAGUCUUCAUCUACGGAGGGCCGUUCAUCCAAGUUAAAAGGCCGGAGCCUUUUAUCGAUUCGAUAACACCAAUAAACCUGGAGUUACAGGCCACUUUUAAACAGAGUUUUGCAUAUUAUUCUAUGAAAGAGAGAAUUCCAGUAAUUCUGACCAAAGUUAUAGAUGGUUUAUCAAAAAGGGGUGACCCAGACUCGAGAAAACUAAUAGAAUAUGUAGCCAGGCUCAAAAACGAAAUAGUUACCAACAAGAAAUAUUCCAAAUUCGAGGUGGACACAGCUGAGGCCGGGCAAUGGAACGAGUGGCUCGACUCGCGUGAGGCGAAUACAUAUUUCACAGACGUAUGGGUUUUCGCCGAGUGCUACGUGUACAGGAGAUUGAGAGAGGGCUGCGAACUUAUCCCAAGUCUAAAAGACUUCGAUCCCUUCGGCGACCAGAAGAAACAAGCGUUCGAGGAUGGAAAAGAGGCUAUGUGCAUGGUCGCGACGCAGUUGAUGCCCUUGUUGUCUCCCAGUGAUAAGGACAAACGGAAACAGGACUUCAUGACUAUACUGAAGAUCUGCCUCUGGUCCAAUAAAUGUGAUCUUUCACUAUCCGUUGGUGAGCCUGUGUCUUUGGUGUCUGGCGAAAAGGGAAAAGACCCGUCUCAAAUGCCCGCUGUAGACCCCUUCCAAAUGGUCCUCGAUUUUAAAGAUAAGUUGCUAGCGGACGACACGGCCAAAAUAGCUGACCAGGUGGUGGCCAAAGCAGAGGCCAUCGAGAAAGCGAUAGCUAACAACACCGUGUUCAAAGCCAAGUGCAGUUGUCACAGAUUGGCCAAGCUUGGCGGAACACGAAUUUGCAUGGACGAGGCACAAAAAGAGGCUCUAGCCCAAGCGGCAGCCGAUAAAGCCAACAAGGGCAAAGGCAAGGGCGCGCCGCCGCCGCCCCCGGAGCCGGCGGAGGCCGAGCAGGCCGAGCCGCCGCCGCCUGUACCGUGCCCAGCUAAAGUUCUAGUCCCCAGCGCCGUGCAGUUCGAUAUCGUGUGCGACAAUGCAGGUUUCGAGCUUUUCGCUGACUUGUGUCUAGCGACCUGGUUGGUUGAACAGAAGAUUGUACAAAAGGUACGAUUCUACGUGAAGAAAAUACCGUGGUUCGUCUCGGACGUUACGCCGAAAGACUUUACAGAGUUGAUCCAGAUGUGCUGCAAUACACAAUACAGCCGGCAGGCGCCUCCGCCCGAGCUUAAAAAGCCACUGGCCGAAGGCGAGGCGCCCCCGCCGGGCACGAGCGUCACGUCGGCCGAGCUGCAGGGCCUCGGCAAGAAGUUCCAGCGGUACUACGACGACGGGGUAUUCGUUGUGUCGUGCGAAGACUUCUGGACAUCUCCCCACGUAUUCAAAGACAUGAAGAAGUACGACUACUGGUUGUACCGCAAGCUGCAAUACGCUGUGGCAGUCCUCUUCAAGGGAGACCUGAACUAUAGAAAACUACUGGGCGAGAGAAAUGUGCCGCCCAUUACACCACUGUUACAAGCUCUGCAAGGUUUCCAACCGGCACCUUUGAUCGCGUGUCGCACGGUCAAGUGCGAUCUGAUCUGCGGCUUGAAGAAAGGCAGAUCGGAACAACUCUUCAAGGUGGAUCCUAAGUGGAUGCAGACUGGGGACUACGGGGUGAUCCAGUUCUGCCCGAAGGCGGAGCCGCUGAAGGUAGCCGACCGGCCGUGCAAGUACUACUGCGCCGAGUGCCUCGGCCUCACCUGUCCCGACGAGGAGCCCUUCUGGUGAUUCCGGGUGAGCUUUUAGAUAUCGCUUCGUACUCUUUUUUAUAUAAAAAUCAGUGCAAUUUAGUUUUACUCACAAUCGAUCAAGUUCAUGUUUUGGCAAUUUAAAUUAUAUACCAUGUUGUAGAUAAAAUAUUUUAAUUUAAAA